AGAUAUGAAGAAUGUUCUACAGAGACACCGAUUAUCAGAAAGUGGCUACAUGGUUACAUUUCAACUUGAAUUUCAGAUUCUGGAAAUGCAGGGAGAACUUGUGCCAGCCAACUUCCUCUGUGAGGCCUACAGGGAGAAACUCUCCAAGGCAGAAAUUUUGGAGAAAAUGGUGCCUUCUGUGCUGUUCUGGGACCCCAUCUUCCUCCCCACAACUAGGGGCAGCAACCGAAGGUUCACUGCAACAGAGCAUGAGCUCAACAGAGUGUUCAAAUGUUGUAUCACCACAUCAAUGCGUGGAACCAACUUCAGAACCUGAAACAGCUAUUUUGGAGGAUGUGAAACUCAAAUUAUCUCGUUCAGAGGCUGUGGAGUUUCAGACAGCUCCCGAAGAGACUCCAGAGCUCCAUCAGGCAACAAUGCCGGUUCCAUCAUACGAGUCUACCUGGCCUUCAUCUGUGACCGUAGAAAAGGUGCUGAUUAAGUAUAAAACUCAACUCUGGAUAUUCCAGCCCAAAUUGGUGGCAGAGCAAUUAAUGCUAACCGAUAAUGAAAAUACAUCAGCCUCCAUGUUGGAUGAGCCCUGCAAUGAGCAAGGCAGGAACUCUGCAGAAUUUGGUGACCGAAAUAUUGAACUCUGCCUUAUGUAAGGACACCACCUGUAUCCACAACUUUCUGGGCAGCUAUAGAUGCUUCACUACCACCGAGCAGAUGCUGGAUGUGCUUUUCACUUGGUUUGACUCCAACGAAGAUGACAGGCCAGAGGAAGAACUGAAAAAAUCUAGCUACAGCUCCAAUUUUGGCAUUACAACCAAAUCCAGAGCUUGAGCCAAAUUCCUCAGGAGCACCAGAGGUGGAGCUGCCUCCUGUGGAGAUGCCAGGAUAUAAGAGUGGUCCAUUUGGAGAGCAUUUAAGGCCUCAAUUCUUGGACAUGGAGCUUGACCUGAUCAGGGA